CGAAUCGCUUGAUCAAUUACAAGAAUUCCCGAGACAGUUUAGUGAAGACAAAGUCUAGGAAACGUUUAAGACUUGGAAUUCGUUUCCGUGGUCGUUAUAUCUGUCAUCGAUCCAAGCCACACAGACGAUGCGUAAAUCAAUGUCCAGCGAUGAACCAUGUCUACUGCAAUCCUGGGUUCACGUGGUCUCACGAAUGCUUGCAUUCUGGGGGAGAUCUCAUACAGUCAGAAAUCGGAGCACCACCUGAGUUUUCUGCGGACGGAGAAUACCCAUCAGUUUUCUGUCGUACCGAAAACUACUCGCCAUGUGACUUAAUGGAGCCCCUGGAUUCACC